GGAGGCGGCCGCACCCCUAUCCCGGGGUCCCGUCCAGGCUGAGGUCCCCUGGAGCGGCCGCCCACCCACCACUCGCCCACACCAAUAGGGGACCGCCUCCUCCACCCUUCCCCAGCCACCCCACCCCAGACUUCCCCGGACAGCCUCUGAUUGGCUGCCCCCCAAUCCUCUCCACCCACUUCUCCCCCACCCGCGGUGAAAACUGCGGGCGCCGCGCACGGUGCAGCAGCUGGAGGCGGCACAUCCGAGGCGGCUGCAGCAGCGCAGGACCGGAGCCCAGAUCCAGGGCGGAGCUCUUGGCACCAUGAACCCCGCCAUUGGCAUCGCACUGCUGCUGACAGUCUUGCAGGUGUCCCGAGGGCAGAAGGUGACCAGCCUGACGGCCUGCCUGGUGGACCAGAGCCUGCGCCUGGACUGCCGGCAUGAGAACACCACGAGCGUGCCCAUCCAGCACGAGUUCAGCCUGACCCGCGAGAAGAAGAAGCACGUGCUGCAUGGCACGUGGGGCGUGCCCGAGUACACGUACCGCGCCCGCACCAACUUCACCAGCAGGUACAACAUCAAGGUCCUCUACCUGGCCAACUUCACCACCAAGGACGAGGGCACCUACACCUGCGAACUGCGCAUCUCCGGCCAGCCAACCCAGAGCUCCCACCAGAACGUCUCUGUGCUCAGAGACAAGCUGGUCAAGUGCGAGGGCAUCAACCUGCUGGCUCAGAACACCUCGUGGCUGCUGCUGCUGCUGCUCUCACUGUCCCUGCUCCAGGCCACGGAUUUCAUUUCCCUGUGACUGGUUGGGCCCGUGGAGGAUCCAGGAAGCCUGGAGGCCCAGUGCAGAGAUCCUGCUUCUCUGAGGCUGCUGACCCCCAACCCCAACCCCUCGCACAGCUGUGGGAGAAGCGGGGACCCCGCCCCUUAU